AUGGUCGAAGUGUCGCUUACAGUAGGCAAACUCGACGCCUCUCUUGCGCUACUUUUAACUAAAGACCACCACCUCAUCGAGUUCCCCACAAUUUUGCUUCCCAAUGGAGUCAAGGCUGGAUCGAUUGUUAAGAUCAAGGUGGAUCGAGACUUGGACACUGAAUUGGAGGAGAAGAAGCAGUUCCAGGCGAUCCAGGAUGAAAUCAUCAACACCUUUGGCAAAAAUUUGCCCAAGGCGCCUCAAUUGAGAAUAAAAAACGUUACCCAGACCUCCUGUGUCUUGGAAUGGGACGACUUAGACUUGGGCACCGCUUCGCUUAAGAACCUUGUUUUGUUCAGAGACGGCAAGAAACUCGGUGCCAUUCCUCAGGCUUUGACCAACAAAACCACGAAAUUGUCCGGCUUGCCCAUUGACCAGUCCUUCAAGUUCCACUUGAGAUUGGACACCACCGCUGGUGUCUACAAGUCUGAUGAGGUGGAAGUCACUACACAUAAAAUGACCGACUUGUCGGGUAUCACAGUCUGCUUGGGCGACAUUACGCCUAAUGACCAAUUUAAUGUUGACGACAUACAAGCUGCCUUGAAGAACAUGGGCGCUCACCACCCUGCUCAAGAAACCGUCAAGGUCGAUACCACACACUUUAUCACUACGAGAGAGAACAAGCAGAAUCCAGAAUUUGUCAAGGCCAACGACAUGAACAUUCCUAUUAUACGGCCCGAGUGGUUGAAGGCUUGUGAGAGAGAAAGACGAAUUGUGGGUGUCAGAGACUUCUACGUGAAGGAUUGUCUGUUGCCGGACAUCUUGAGCAGAGACUACUGGAAGAAGGCUUCCACUAAAGCAGCUGCUCCAAGCGAAGGCAGUGAGUCCGAAGCACCAGUUGUUAGGGUGACCUCACCAUCGCCAGACCAAAGCCGUGACGAACCCAAGGAGGAGUCUAAGGAGGAGCUCACAGAAGAGCCCAAGGCAGAGCCUGAGGUGCCAGAAGCUGAUAAAGCCGCAGAGGAAAAGCCAGCAGAGAAUGAAGUUUCGCUAGAUACAGAGAAGCCAGAGGCUGCUGAGCCUGCCACUGAGCCUGCCACUGAGCCUGAGUCUGCUAAGAUAGAGGAUUCCAAGUUGGAGGAGGCUUCGGAAGAAGCUAAGACGGAGGAUGUCAAGCCUGAGGAACAGCCCGACGAAAAGCCUGAAGAGGCAGAGGAGUCCAAGGCUGAAGAAAAGUUAGAGGAGCCAAAGGCUGAGGACCCACAACCAGAAGAGGUGAAGGCCGUCGAGCCAACGACGCAAGGCGAGUUGUCUGAGGUCGACCUCAACGAGGCCAAUCCCGAGUCUGGCGUUGCUGAGCACACCAACCUUGCUGAGGACCUCGCGAAAGAAGAGGCCAAGGAGACCGAAGAACCCAAGGAAGCCGAAGAAGCCAAGGAGGCCGAGCCAGAGGCUACACAGGAGCCAGCGACCACCGAGAUCAGCCUCGAGGACGACGCUCCAAGCAGCGGACCGCAGAACGGACCUGGCAAGAAGAAGAACAAGAGAAAGUCAAAGAAGUAG